ACGACGUUGAGAAAUCCCUUGACCGCAGCUUACAGCAGCUUGGAUUGCGCUAUGUGGACUUCUUUCUUAUGCACUCUCCAUACGCUCUUUGCAAAGGUUCCAAGGGCAAGCCAAGAUUAAGUUACGAUUGGAAGCUUAUGCUUGAUCAAGGACGCUCGCGAGCAUACCUCGACACUUGGCGCGCGAUGGAGCGACUCGUUGAUACGGGCAAAACGAAGCACAUAGGUGUCGCCAACUUCAAUGCCCGCAAGCUCCGGUGCUUGCUUGAGAGGGCCCGGAUAAAGCCUGCUGUCAACGAGAUUGAACUCCAUCCUUACUUGCCGCAGACCGAGCUGCUAGAAAUGUGCCGAGAGGCGGGUAUCCAUGUUAUAGCUCAUCAGCCACUUGGGGGUCCUAUUGUAUAUCCAGUCUUUCCGACCGAUGAUGACAGGCCGCUAGAGAAUCCCGAGAUUGAGAAACUCGCCAACAGAAAUCGUCGGACAUCCGCUCAGCUCAUUCUUGCUUGGCUCACAGAGCAGGGUGUAACCGUAGUGCCUAGGACCACGCGAGUGAUACAUCUCUAUGAGAAUUCACAACUGAAAAGAGUACCUAGUGCGGCUAUGGCUGCCAUGUCAUCGCUGAGCAGAUCGAAGGGCGCACGUCGGGUCCCGUGGAUUGACGAAUACUUCGAAUCACAGGUAUUCGGUGACGGGAAGGAUCCGUGGACGACUCGUAUUGAGAUGAUGCUGGAAGGACGAAUGCCUCCUCCAGAAUACUUGUAGGAUUGUGUGUUAGAUAUGUCUGAGUUCACGAAACACGAAAUGCAU